AUGAGCAAGAGGAAGCAGGAUGCCAGCGAAAAGAUCGACGUAGAUAUGGGCAAUGACAGCGGAGACGAUGAGGAUUUCGAUGUCCUUGAUGUCGACUUCGAGUGGUUCGACCCUCAGCCCGAGUACGAUUUUCACGGCAUCAAGACCUUGCUACAACAGCUGUUGGAUGUUGAUGCUCAGUUAUUCGACUUGUCUGCAUUGACUGACCUUAUAUUGUCACAACCCACGCUGGGAUCAACUGUCAAAGUCGAUGGCAAUGAGACGGACGCUUACGCAUUUCUUUCCGUCUUGAAUCUGCAAGAACAUCGGGAGAAGCCAUUCAUGAACAAGAUCCUGCAAUACUUAUUGUCCAAAGCGAAGUCGAAACCUACACUUGCUCCCCUUGCGGAGCUCCUUUCCCAGGCUACCGUUCCGCCAAUAGGCCUGAUCCUUACAGAGCGUCUGAUCAAUGUUCCUGCUGAAGUUGUGCCUCCAAUGUACACGAUGUUGUUGGAAGAGAUGGAGUGGGCAAUCCAAGACGGCGAGCCAUACAACUUCUCUCACUAUCUCGUCCUCUCCAAGACAUACACGGAAGUUGCUUCGAAGCUUGACGCUGAGGAUGACCCUCCAAAGAAAAAAAAGAAAGCAGCAUCUAGUUCAUUCGAGACAAUGUAUUUCCAUCCGGAGGACGAGGUGCUGCAUAGACAUGCCAUCUGCCAUAGCGGGUUUGAUUACUCUAUCAAACAGGACGAGGGACACUCAGACUCCAAACGAGCGUUUCAAGAACUGGGGAUCAAGCCGCAAGGACACGCCAUACUCAUUGCGGGAGACAAGUUCAAGGAUGCGGUGCAAAAUGUGGCCGAAUACCUAAAGCCUCAGCCUUGA